CGUGUGCGUCUGAGUCCUCUGACACUGGUGGAGUUUCACUUGGUUCUUAUUUCCUAAUAAGGCUGACUGUUGCAUAGUUUGAUGCUGUGGGAGUCAUUUUCUCUUCUGGGCGGACAUCUAUGUUUUGGAGUUUUUGGAGUGUGCGCAGUUUCACUGACUGCAUGAACUUGUGGACAGUUUGGAGCUCUUUGCCAAGAAAAGGAAGCCAUUAGGAUGAGCACCGAGGCACAUUCACUUUUGGGACUGCAGAAACCCUCUAUGAAUUUUGUCAGCGACUUCGACUUGAUGAAGUUUGGCGUCAAAAAGGAGACGAUGCAGGCAAUCGAACGAUCCCUAAUCGGGCCAUGCAGCCAGCUCCACAGACCGGACUCUGUGUCCUCCAGCCCUGGCAGCACACCGAGCAACUCUGUGCCCUCGUCACCAAACCUCCCACCAAACGAGCUACGAAAUAACCCAGAGGGUGACCCGUUUUGGAUACCCAAUAACGGCGCUUUCCCUCACCCGAUGUACCCCCAAGCUUUUGGGCUGACACCUGAGGACGCAGUGGAGGCCCUCAUCGGGGCGACAGCGCAGCAGGGUCAUCCCCCGGCGCCUCAUAGCCACCACCAGCCACCUUUCCAAGUUGAGUACGAUGGCUACAACCAGCUCAGCGAGACUGCGCAUCACUACUCAGAGCUCUCUGCUGCCCCAGAGAUGCUCCCUAGUACCCACUGCCAAGACCCCUAUCUCAAGAAUGACAUGGGGUGUGCAUCUCCUGAGUCCCUGGACGGGCAGCAUGAGGGCAGUGGUGCAAACCACCAUCAUCACCACCACCACCUCCAAGGGCAGCACAGGCGAUCCAAUGCCGACAUGAACUUUUCAGAUGACCAGCUGGUGUCCAUGUCGGUCAGGGAGCUCAAUCGGCUCCUCAGGGGCCUUGGCAAAGACGAAGUGAUGCGUCUCAAGCAAAAGCGUCGGACCCUAAAAAACCGAGGCUACGCGCAGUCGUGCCGCUACAAGCGUGUCCAGCAGAAGCACAUCCUUGAGCACGAAAAGACCAGCCUGGUGUCCCAGGUCGAGCAGCUUAAACAUGAACUGAACAGACUUGUCCGGGAGAGGGAUGCAUACAAACUUAAAUGUGAGAAACUGUCUGGUGCAAACUGUUACCAUGAAACUGGGUCAACCAGUGACAACCCUUCUUCGCCAGAGUAUUUAAUGUGAAAUAUGAUGAUUUUCUGAGAGAACUGAUUUUUAUCAAUAACCAGCAGUCAAUUUCGCUCUUAAACAAUCAGUCCCAUGGAUGGAUUAUCCACAUUUAAGUCAUGUGAAACUCAAAUAUCUCAAAUAAACUAAGAGAUAGAAAGACUCUGCAGGCCCUGAUUUAAGAAAAAGCCUAAUGAAGCAUGCAUGCAGGACAUGUGUGAGAGACUUAUAGAGACACUUCUAUCUUAAAUCACAUACUCAAAAUCAUCCCUCUGCAAAUCAUUCUUACUCCUCUUUUUUCAUUUGAAUUAAUUUUGAUGAUUUUGCGUUUAUUUUUUGUUACCGGUUUAUGUUCCUGCUUCCUUAAAACAUUGACGAGAACGAUGAUGCCAAUUUUAUUAUCAAUAUUGAGCUGAGCUGAGAGUCUGCUGGACAGAUGUCUUAUACUUGCCUGUCUUUUUUAAGAAAACGAACAAUUAUGCAAAUUGUUGUUUUUGUGUUUUACAUCAACUAUGGAUCAAUAAACCCUAUGUGACUUUUUAAACAA